AUGAUUGAAAUACCCGAUUUGAACUCGAUUUACAUCCCAAAUCUAGAACAAGAUGCCACUACCAUCAAUCAUCAAGAGACAGACCAAAACCGGCAGCAUAAUGGACAGCAUAAUGCUCCCGUAAACGAUGUCUACGUAGCAUCUCCAGCAUCCCCAAAUACCCUCCCCACUAGAUCAAUCGAUCAAGAGCCAGAAAUGCAAGAAGUAAGCAGCAGUAUUGACGGAUUCGAGAUGGACAGUAUAAAUUUCAAAACCAACUCAGGGCUAUCAUUUGGCAGUGAUCAGAACAUUACCACUCAACAAGUAGACUAUGGUCAAAGCGAAACCCCAACAUUGGCAACUGGCUUGUCGUUUUUACCCAAUAAUUUAAAUGAACACAAGACAACUUUUAAACUACAAGAACCGCCUGUGAAUGGCCACUAUCAAACCGACUCAGCAGACCUACAUCUAUUUGAAGCUAGUGACCAAGUUGGACCUAUAGAGACUCCCAAAUUUGCUCUCAAAUCGAAAAACACUCAAUUAUCACUCAACCAACUGCUAGCGUCGCCAAUGUCUAUAAUGCCACAACAUGAUCACACUGAGCCUUCACCACAACUACCGGCUCCAUUAUCAUCAACAUCUUUACAGAAUGUACUUACGAUGAAUGAGAACGGAGGAGGACAAGGAGAAGGAGGAGGACCGUCGCGGAGAAGCUUAGCCACUGACUUCAAAACUCCAGCUGAGUAUACACUACAUAUCAUAUUCACCCAAUUUGUCCGAUAUGCAGAAAGGAAACUAAAUGUGUUUCUUGACUACUCAGUAACCGAUGAGUCUUCAUUAUUUAGCAUCUUUGCUGAAGGAUCUGAUCCGCAAUUCGACAAAAUCGUUGAAUCUUUAGGUUACAUUGCCAGAAGAAAACCUAAACCAGUGAUUGAUAGUGUUAUGUUUUGGAGGAAAUCAAAAAGUGAAGUGGCGGCAAAUGCUGCCCACGAAGUGGAGAAAGUAUUGAUCCAAGCGAGAAAGACAUUGCCAGAGGAUGCCCAAUUGGCACUUGCAGCACCUGCACCACCACCACCAGCACCAGCACCACCAAAACCAAAACGUUCCCUCAGUCUAAUGAGAAACAAAUCGAAGUCUCAUCGUCGUAAUCAAUCAUCGGUUUCGACGCUUUCGUCUGAUCCAGAGUGGAUGAAAAAGAAGCAAGUGGUGGAUUCACAGGUUGAUGUAGUCAAACAAACAGCCAUAAAUGCUGAAAAGAAAUCAUUGGUUUCGAUUUAUAUCUUGUGUCGAGUGCUUAUGGAAGUUGUCAAACAAACACCAACUGAAGUAAUGGGCGAGGACUUAGGCGAUAAGUUGGAGGAGAUUGUAUACACUCAGUUGAAAACAACUGAUCCGGCAAGCACUAGCCAAUCAAUAAUACGAGCAGCAAACUGGACUUUAUUUGCACAAUUACUAGGACUAAUGUCAGAAAAGAGAUUUCUUAGUGUCAGUGAUCGAUUUGUUUUCGAUUUGGAAAAGCUUCCGCAACGUAUCAACCAUGAAGAUGAAGCAAGAUUGUAUCUACUUAUAUCGGCGAUGAAGUACCUAAAAAUGAACCAUUACCCACCUGAGCUAUUUGAAGAUAGUAAAGAGUUUAUGCAAAUUCUCGCAAAGUUUUUUGAAAGAACGACCAAUGAAGCAGUGCUUUAUGCAUAUUGUGACUCCAUAUCAAACUUGGUUCUCCCCUUGGCCAACAACUUAACCGCCGAGGCCAAUGACCCCGGGUGGAAUGAAGGCAUUGAAAAGAUUUACAACAAGGCAAUAGACAUGUGGAGGAAACUACCCGAGGCAAGCACUUCAACCAGUAUAUCGAGUAUCUUGCACCCACAAACUUCUCAUUUUGGCAGUGGCUGGUCUCAUUUGAUGAAUGUGAUUACAGCAACAUUGUCGGUGUCUCGAAAGGAGCUAUUUUCAGCUAAAUGGUAUGCCAUUAUUGAACAAAAUGCAUUCAAGUUGAAGCCGAAAGUUGACGUACAUGAAAAGACGGCGUUUGUGGUGUACACCAGUCGAUUAUUGUGGGUCUAUUUCAAUCGUGUUCCCGAUUCCCUCAACUCAACUAUUAAAAAAUUGGAUGAUUUUUUCAAGUUAAUUUUAUUCCACCCCGUGUCCACCAGUAAGAAGCAGUGGCUAACUCCUGAUUUCGAACUUAUUGGCGCCUUGGCGCAAAUGAUUAAAAUUGUUGGGUACAAUCAUCUUAAUUACACCCUUGAAAAUGUCUUACUUCGUUUAUUACGCGAUGCAUUUAGCCAGUCAAUAGAGCAUCUUCAAACGGAAAAACUCAUGUUGGUGGUUAGAUCGUAUAUCAAGAUAUUGAAAGAGUUUGAGCGCAAAGAUAAACCACAAUUUCCAGGAAUCGACCAAGGAGAACCAACAACGAGCUCCCAAUUUCAAUUUGUUGCAAAAAACAGUACAAAUGUGGGAUUUCAUGAUGAAUUUGGUCGCACUUUUGGCACGCUAUUGAAAAUGCUUGAUCACCAAUAUGGUGUCACUUUAGGCGACUCUGGAUCCGCCAAGUCGCUGUCGUCAUUUGGGUUUUUCAGUAAUGAAUCGAUGACAAAGAUAUCCAAGGAUACGCAAUUGGAAUUGUUUGCUGAUUUGAUUGGCGCUGUUCCAUACACCAUGGUUCCCACGCAAGGCGAAACACAAUGCGCUAGUGGUCUUCCGUUGAAGCAAGUGGUGGAGUUGUUGACAAGAAAUGCCGUCCAUUCGAGUAGGAAAGUACUGGAUGCUUCUGUGGAUGCAUUGAAGGCGCUAUCCACUAGGAAAAACCCCACUACCUUGUUGAAUAUAUUUGCUAAAUUUGCCUUUCAGUUAUCGGAAAAGACAAGCUCAGUAUAUGAUUCAAACUAUUUGAAUUCACCUACUUUCAUCUACCUUUUGAAGCUAUACACUGAGUUGCUUGACACUUGGUAUCAACUGUUUGAAGUGUCGAGUGAUCCCAGUGGGAAGAACCCUUUGGCACAAGAUGACGAAUUGAUGAACAAGGACGUGUUGAAUGACUUGUAUCAAAUUAACCAUAAACAUGACUUGCCGAAACUGAAUACUGGAAACGAAUUGGAGUGGAAGACGAUCAUCAACCUGGUGGAGAGUAUUGAAGGGAAUGGAUUAUUUUUCCUUUGCUCACAAGAUCCCCAAGUCAGAUCAUAUGGUAUUAAAAUAUUGCGCACUGUUGACAAAUUUGACCAAGCGAUAUACAAUUUAACUGAAAGGGAGGAGUUUGACCAUAAGCUGGACCCCAAAGAUGCAAAACAACAUUCGCGCAGCUCAUCCAAAUUUGCUGCUGAUUUCGGCACUAGGAUAAUCCAUAUCUUGGAAGAAAUUGAUUUUCACGACCUCAUCAAACCCUUCAAGAAGGAAUUGAGUCUUCCUGAACGUCAACGAUUGUUACGUCUUAAAAGUGAUAAAAACGUGUUGAUAAAAGUUGUUGAAUCUGAUUAUGGAAUUGACUCAACCAUGUGGUUUCGAUUAUACCCCAAAAUUCUCGAAAUCUUGUUUGUUAAAUGUCCCAUGCCCGUGGCAAUGUGUCGUGAUAUUGUUUGCGUCAGUUUAGUACAAAUGCACGAAUUGGUGUUUGAAUUUUCUGAAAGUGUCAAGUCAAAUACGUCAUCAUUAUUUUCCACCAGACUGUCUUCAACUGUGGCGCCAGAAGUGUUGGUAAAUCAGUGGAAAUUGUACUUGGUGUUUGCUUGUAUUACACUCACUACCACCAAUGAGCAAAAAAUUUCAUUCCCUACGCAGCCGACCCACGGUAGGAAACGUUCAUUACAAAUGUUUAUCCAGCAUCAGAAAAUCACUAGUGCCAAGUCCAUUUUCAGAAUGGUUUUACCAUUGCUUAAAUCACAUCAAAUGAUGGUGAGGGAAGCCGUUAUUGUUGGAUUGAGCCAUAUCAAUAUCAAUAUAUUCAAGACCUUUUUGGAAAAUGUCCCCUUGGUGGUGCAAGAAUGGAAUACAAAUGUCAAGCUGAGGAAUUUUGCCGAUGAUCGAUUUAGAAUUGAGAUUAUUCACAUCUUGAUGAAUAUAACCGACAAGUACAAAUCUAAUAGCGAGAUUUAUGGCGAUGAUUCAAUUGUUACCGAUUUGAUUGCCAUUGUGAAGAAUGUAAAAUCAUUUCUUACCCUAAGCACGGUUCAAGUUGACAUUGAUUUCCAACGAUUGCGUCGGUACUUUUGCGAAUUUUUGGAAAAUGUAUUUUUAGCCCUUCAAGGAGAUAAGUUGGACUUGUGGCUCCCUUUUGAAGCAAGAAUGUCUUGUUUCAACUAUUUAAAAGAAUGGUGUGGUUAUGGCGACUCUAGUGCAAUAACCGAGGAACGAUACAAUAUCAUCACUCAAAAAAUUAACGAACGCAAAGAUUCACCGUCAGCGAUUGCUCUAUUGGAAUUUGAGAGAAAGAGACUUGAACAAUCUGCAUUGAGUUGCAUGGCGAUUUUGUGUCUGGGGAAAAUUACCCAGGAACUUGAUAUACCGGGUGCAGGAGUGGCGUAUGUUUCUUUUGAUAUUCCUGUGUUGUUGAACUGGAUACAUGCAUUGUUAGAAGCCGAAGAUAGAGUACAGGAGAUUGGUAAAUCUGCAUUAAAUAACCUACUUUACAACAAUUACAAUCAUGCCGACAUUGUAAUGGAAGUGAUUAGGCAAUGCUGUACUAAUCUGAAGUCGAUGCCGGUAUAUUUUUGCACCUACGUGGAUGCAUUCUUGUCGAAAGACAAACUGGAUUCGGUGCUGGAUGAGUUGUUUGUCUUGGCUUGCUUUUUGUGUGGCAAUGGUGACAUCAAAGUUAGACAAUCAGCGUUUAAACUAUUGAGUGAGCUUCAAAAAAGGAUAGGUGGCACCAGUUUGGAUCAAUUUGUGGAAACAGUUUAUGGAGAUAGCUUUGUCGGGAGGAGAAGAGUUCUCGGUGAGAUUGCAAGAGUUGUUUGCGAGUGUGAUAAAGAACGGUUGUACAAUCGAAUCUCAUAUUUGGCUCAAUUUUUCAACAUUGUUACGUCAAGAGAAAAUCUUGCCAUCAUUUUGACCACAUUUUUAGAAAAAGUCGAGCUAGUCAAGGACGAUCCACUGUCAAUAAUGGUUUUAAACAACUUACUUGAGAUUUCAAUAAAGUAUGAGACUGACUACUCACUGAUUGAAGCUAUGUGGACAGUUCUCAGCAAAGACAAUUUCGACAUCACCUUUGAAUAUAUUCUCAACACAUGUCUUGAAUAUCGCAAUGCAUUCCUCGUUGACAAGGCGAGACAAGUGGUGGAUUAUUUAGCUGCUGCACAUCUGGACAAGUUGUAUGUCUUGCGCAAGUUGAUUAGUAAUUUACAACCAAAGCUGAUGAUCCCUCCUGCUGCAAAGCCGAUAGAGGUUCCAAGCUUGUAUCCGUAUGUGUCAGAUUUAUCGGAAGUGCUUGAUUAUAACGAAAAAGACGCAGCAUUCUCGCUUGGCCAAAUAUCUGUCAUCUUUAUAGUUGACUUGAUUGAGAAGUGCCCCAUUUUGGAUGAAAAAUUACCUUUAUUGUUGCAUAUAUCUUUCACAUUGUUGGAUCAUUAUCUUGUGUUGGUGAGAGAGCAAGCAGGCAAACUUUUGAUUCGCUUGGUUCAUACGUUGGCAACUGAUCCUAAUGAUGUGGUAUCCCAUAUUCGAAACAAGGAUCAUAUAAGGGGCUUGUGGGUUUAUGACGACUUGAAUAAUGACAAAAAGGGGGCUCGAACACCAAACAAUAUGAUUUCGUUGGUGAGAAAUGUUCUUCAAGCAUUUUCCAAGAUCCCCACCUUGCAAGACGAUUGGAGUCGAAUUGCGUUAACAUGGGGAACUACUUGUGCUGUUAGGCAUAGUGCUUGUCGAUCUUUCCAAAUUUUUAGAGUUCUUAUAUCGUUCCUUGAUUUGAGUAUUUUGAAGGCAAUGUUUCACCGAUUGUCCAAUACAAUAUCUGAUGAGUCUGCUGAUAUUCAAGGAUUUGCUAUGCAGAUUUUGAUGACCUUGAAUGCCAUUGCUGCUGAACUAGAUUCGCAAAUGUUGAUUGAUUUCCCGCAGCAUUUUUGGUCAAGCGUUGCUUGCUUGAGUACCAUACAUGAGCAGGAAUUUAUCGAGGUAUUGUCAACCAUGAACAAGUUUAUAUCCAAGAUUGAUUUGAACGCCACUGACACCAUUAAUUGUCUUAUUUCAACAUUCCCACCAAAAUGGGAAGGCAAGUUUGAAGGAUUGCAGCAAAUUGUCACUGUGGGGUUGAGAUCAUCAGCUUCUUGGGAGCCAACGUUGAACUUUAUCGAUAAAUUGUUGUCUAUAAAGGAUUCGGAAAUUGUCGGAAUGGGUGACCCAAGAGUGAUUACCGCAUUGAUUGCCAAUAUGCCCGUUUUCCUCAAUGCAUUGGAGACAAAGACAAUAACGCCGCAAAUUGAGAAAACAGCUACGGCAAUUGCCCACCUUGCUGAAGAUAAACCAUCUCUUGCGAAGAUUUUGACAUCUUUGGGCAAGAACAAAUUUCGAUCAAAAAAGGACUUCGUGGUGCAAAUGGUGACCACAUUGAGACAGUUGUAUUUCCCCGACUACGAAGUGAUGAUUCUCAUAUCACUAUUGAAAAUACUUUCCAAUCCAACUGAGUUCAUCAGGAGGGAAAUUUUGGUCUUUCUCAGGGCAAUCAUUCCAUACAUUGAUUUCAAGAAGGAGGAGUUUAUUGGACUCGGUGCCGAUUUAAUUUCUCCAUUGUUGCGGUUGUUACUUACUGAUUUUGCUGAACCGGCUUUGGAGGUGUUGGACGAAACUGAUGUAAUUUCUGGAUCGUUGAUGGAUAGAGAUAUUUUGAGGAUGAGUCUUGGCAACACUUCUAUUAAGAAGGAGUACGAAAAUACAGCAACAUUGUUUGGUAUCCCAGAAGAGAGUGGUUGGUCUAUCCCUAUGCCGGCAGUUACUGCUGCCAGUACUCGUAACAAUGUUCAUGCUGUUUUCUCAACUUGUGUUGCCCCAACAACUGUUGUUGACGAGCAAGAGAAUAAUGAGGAAAUCCAAUUUCAUAUGGAGGAUUACUACAGUCCAAGCAUACAUGAUAAUGGAGAUGCGGUGUCAGUAAGUGUUGACGAAACCACCUUGAGUAAUAUGUGGGCAGCACUUGACGAUUUCGACAGUUUUUUCAAUACGGAUAAAAUGGUCAAGAGGAAAACAAUUAGCUCACCAAUUGAAGCUAGACCACUUAAUAAAGCGUCGCCUAUUGAGAGUGCACCAAACACAUACGACAAGAAAGUGUCCGCCAUAUUGAACAAGACAUUAACAACAAAUUCAAGGAACAAUUUAUUGGAUUACAUUGGCGAGACGGAGCAGCAACCACAUGCAUCACCAGCUAUUUCGUCAAGACGAUCAUAUAUUCCUUUCAGAAACAGGUCAUUGGCAAAAACGAGAGAAAGUUUGACAACACCUACACUUGGAGCUGACAUGAGUCCGCAUACACCGUCAUCAGCAUCUAUUGUUGCAAACUCAUUCAAUGGCAGUGAUGUUACACAGCAGGCAAUGUCACCAGACAGCACAAGAUUAGAUGGAUUGCUUGGAAAGAGGUCCAGGAAGAGAAUGGGGUAG